UGUAAAGCGAUCUUAAGACAUGCAAUGCGCAGUUUCAUGAAAACUCCGCAUCUUCUUCAAAUGUCACAUAACCAAAAUAAUCAACUCCGUCAAAUCCGUGGAGCGAUACGAUGUUUAUGAGGAGUCUUAUUUGACUGUGUAUUGCGUGACAAGUGAUAAAACUUAUUAUCAUACAACAACGUUUCCGUUUGUGCGGUGAUGUGUGCGUGAUGCGUCUAGAAGCAAUGUCGUUGGUGUAGCAGUAAUUCGUCACACAGGAGAAAAGUAAACUCGAAGAAAAUGACAACUAGUCAGAACGAUCAUUCUCUCGCUAUCAGACAGGAAAUUCAACGUUUUGAGAGUGUUCACCCGUCAAUAUAUGCUAUUUACGACCUUAUAGAGCUCGUGCCCGACGCGCAUAUCGCUAAGCAAAUUCGCGAACACGUCGUAGCAAUAGAAGACUCCUUCGUUAACAGUCAUGAGUGGACACUGGCAAGAGACGUUCCGGAAUUACACUUAGGAAUUAUCGGUUCCUCCGAUUCUGGAAAAUCUGCUCUAGUUCACAGGUAUCUUACAGGAUCUUUCAUGCAUGAGGAAUCACCAGAAGGUGGUCGUUUCAAGAAAGAAGUUUUUAUUAACGAUCAGAGUUACCUUCUCUUGAUUAGAGAUGAAGGUGGUGUACCAGAAGCUCAAUUUUCAGCAUGGAUAGACGCUUUAUUACUCGUAUUCAGUCUAGAAAAUGAAGAAAGUUUUUCUGUAGUUUGCAAUUUUUAUAAUAGAAUGUGUUCCUUCCGCAAUAUGUCGGAAGUGCCAAAAAUACUUGUUGGUGUACAAGAUUCAAUUAACGAAAGUAAUCCUCGUGUCAUAAAAGAUGUCAGGCCUCGAAAACUUGCUUGUGAUUUAAGAUGUCCUUAUUACGAAACAUGCGCUAUUUAUGGUUUAAAUGUUGAAAGAGUAUUUCAAGAUGUGUGUCAAAAAAUCAUACAAAAUCUAUCAACAAAACAUUUUCCACGUGAUGCAUUCCAUCGUACGGCCGAGAAUGACAUCAAAUUUGUUCUUCCUGUUAUUACAAAAAAUGCACAGGUUUAUAACAAAGAAGUAGAGACAACAAAUUCCUUAAAACCUGUAGAAAAGGAUGAGGAUUGUCGAUCUGUUCACAACAAUUCUAUGACAAAUGAUUCCGGAUUGUUAAAUGAUAAUUUUCAUAAUGUACAAAAUCAACACGAGUUGCGAUCGUCGAUUUUAACACCAACUACUAUUAGGAAAUUCAGAAGAAAGUCCAACAUAUUCACACCUUCUAAGAAGGAAAAAUAUAUGGGUGAAAUGGGCGUUGGUAGAGAAAUACCGGUUAAACAAGGUUAUUUAUUUAAACGAAGUAGCAAGUCCUUGAAGGAAUGGAAGAAGAAAUACGUCACUUUGUUAGAAGACGGUCGUUUAACGUAUCAUUCGAGUUUACAUGAUUAUAUGAAUGAUGCCAACGGCAAGGAAAUACUUCUGCAAUACGUUACUGUGAAGGUACCUGGUAAAACGCCAAAAGGCUCAAAAUCGUACAAUGCUCAAGAGAGCAGUUUCGAGUUUUCCAUUAUCUCCUUGGAAAACAAAACUUGGCAUUUCGAGGCGAGCAGUGUCGAAGAGAGAGAUAGUUGGAUUAGCGCAAUAGAGCAACAAAUACUCUCGAGUUUGCAAAACAGCGACGGUGAUAAGAAAAAUGAAACUGAUGCUUUUAAGAUGCACUGCAUAAAAAACAAAGUCUCGGGAAACGAUGCCUGCGUUGAUUGUGGUGCACCGAAUCCUGAUUGGGCUAGUCUUAAUUUGGGCGUGUUGAUGUGUAUUGAAUGUUCCGGCAUCCAUAGGAACUUAGGAUCACAUAUAUCCAAAGUUCGAUCCUUAGAUUUGGACGAUUGGUCUGCAGGUCACCUAAGCGUUAUGCUAGCUCUCGGCAACGACAUAGCCAACAGUAUUUGGGAAUAUUGUUUAAACGGAAAACAAAAGCCUGUCUCAGAUUCAUCUAGAGAGGAAAAAGAGCAAUGGAUCAGAUGGAAAUAUGAGGAUAAACUAUUUCUCCCGCCAAUCAAUCCGAACAUUUCUUUAGGAAAAUUGCUCAUUGAUUCUGUCUGUCGAGGAGACAUGAGAGCGUUUACAUUGUGCCUGGCUCGAUGUACUAUCGAGGACAUCAACACGUCUGUCAGCGCGGAAGAUAGGAGAACACCAUUGCAUCUGGCCUGCGCAACCGGAAAUUUAGCAAUGGCACAACUUUUAAUUUGGCAUAAAGCGAACCCGCAAAAUCUUGAUCACGAAGGUCGAACGUGCAUGUCGUAUGUACGAGCUUUGGAAAGAACACUUGACAAUUCGUCUGAUUCUAUGGAAAUGCAGAAGCUCCUCGAAGUAUUAGAACAGGCCAGUGUUUCCGGAGUGGAUGACGUGUAAACACAUCUCAGUAUUAAAUUACGAGAAAAGAGUAUGCCUUAAUUGACCCGCUUCUGUUUUCUGUAAUAUGUUGUUAAAACUGUGUACUUAUAUAUGAAGCCAUAUUUUAUUUAAUGGCUUAUAAAAAAAAAGGAGUUUUAUUAAUUUUAAUGACGUUUGUUCGAGAAUACUGCCAAGGUAUGAAACGAGAUUAAAAAUUAUAAACGAUUGAUUCGUGAUGUUAAUUAUAUAUCUUGUAAAAAGUUUAUAUCAUGUGUAUAACACUCGUAUAUUAGUAUCAAUUGUGAAAAUUAUUUAUUUCAAAUUAGAAAGUUUUAAUACUAUGUACUUUUGUAUGUAUACAUUGAGAAUUAUUCUUAACCCUCCGACAGCGGAUUUAUAGGGUCAUCUUUUAUCUAUAAUCUUUGGUAUUGUUUCCCAAAAUUUCAUUUUUCAAAUGUUUUUAACUAAAUCUCGUGGAUCGAAAACUUUUUACCAUCGCUGUCGGAAAGUUAACAGAGAAAAAUGCACUUCGCAAUAUGAAUAGUAAAAGUUACGAUUUAGUGAAGUUGUGUGUCAAGUCAAUCAUUCACAUUACUCAAAAAACAAAAAAAAAAAAACAAAAAAAAAAACAAACAAAAAACAAAAA